AAGUUGUCGAACACGAUACCUCAUCGUUAUUUGUUUCCUGCCAGCUCUCACACUCUCCCCAUUAACAUUAUCAUCAUCAUCAUCAUCGCCAUCGGUUGGCAACAGGCACAGACGAACGCAGUUAUGCUAACAACUAAAUUAAACACAGACAACGGCGACUGCUUGACUGCGUCUGUACUCGUGUGAGUGUACACACAGUGAGAGGAGAUGCCUCGGCUGAAGGACAAACGCACACUUGUUGGACUUGUUGCUCACUUGAUGCUGCUCCUGCUGCUGUAAUCCCAACAGUAGGGACUGCUCUCACGUCGAAGACUCAGUCGCCAUCCAUCCACAUCCCCAUAUUGAACUUCGUAAUGAGCAUUUCGCACACGCUGUUGCUUCGGUUACAUUUCCGCAGCCGGCAAAUGGGGUGGAGGCUUCUUUUUUGUUGCGACAUGUUUUGUUUACGCGAGUCGGCUUGGUGGUGUUGACUGGCGUUCUCGAGUCCUUGCUGCAGUUCGAGUUGUCCUUUUGAGUUAAACGGUUGUACGGUUUGGUCUCAUCGUUAGUCAAAUAAAUAUGUCGACAGCGCUACGUCGUGUGCGCAAAUAUUUCAUAUCGUCGCAGGUCUAUGAGGCACUGCGUCCAUUAUUUUUCCUCACGUUUCUGUACGGUCUGACGCCAUUUCAUGUGGUCCGUCGAAAGAUGGGCGAAUCCUAUCUGAAGAUGUCGUGUUUCGGUAUCUUUAAUAUUUUUGUUUACAUCGUUUUGUGCGGUUUCUGUUACAUCUCGUCGCUUCGUCAAGGCGAGUCCAUUGUGGGUUAUUUUUUUCGCACCGAGAUCUCCACGAUUGGCGAUCGCCUGCAGAUCUUCAAUGGACUUAUUGCUGGUGCUGUAAUCUAUACCUCAGCUAUAUUAAAGCGUUGCAAGCUGCUUGGCACAUUGACUAUUUUGCACAGUCUCGAUACGAACUUCUCCAAUAUCGGAAUACGUGUAAAGUACUCAAGGAUCUUCCGGUACUCGAUUCUCUUGCUCGUCUUCAAACUUCUUAUUUUGGGCGUCUAUUUCGUUGGCGUCUUCCGGCUUCUCGUCUCGCUUGGUGUUACGCCCUCCUUCUGUGUCUGCAUGACAUUCUUCUUGCAACAUUCCGUGGUAUCCAUUGCAAUUUGUCUAUUCUGCGUGAUUGCCUUUAGCUUCGAGCGUCGUUUGAGUAUUGUUAAUCAGGUGAGUGAGUUUUUUCGUUUCGGUUAUUGCCCUGUACUUUGCAAAUAAUUACUCUUUAUGGUUAAUCGCGAGGGAAUCGCUUUUAUUGCUUACCCACAAAUCAAGUGCUACAUUAAUUUAUGUAAAUCCAUUCGGCAUAUGCGGAGUAAAUAUUUGCUUAGCACAAUUUGUGUUGGUUCACUUAUUGUGAUUUGUCUAGACACGAUUUACUUGCUGAGAUAGUUGUGCAAUUAAUGAUGUGCGUGGAGUUUUUGUUGCGUGACGAAAGCCAAAGUGUUUUUCUUUUAAAUUGAACUGAAAGCAUUGCAAAGUUAAUUUUAGAGGGUG